AACAGCCGCCGGUUGGUGAGAGUGACAGCGACUACGCGGCCGUCGCACGCGCAGCACGUGCGAACAAACGUUCCAAAUUCAAAUUUGACAACCCAUUUUGGCGGUUAAAAAACAUAAAAUUACAAAACAGGAAUACUCAGUGCAGUCAUCUGGGAUAUUGUGUUGUCUCUUUCGUACUCAAGUGAAGUGUGGUGACUGUAGUGUGGUAGGUGCUAAGUGACUUUCCCCGACAAAUAAAGGAUGACGAGCAUACGUAAUAUUAAGGUGUGGCUCAGCCUGGCGUGUCUAGCCACGUCAAUGGCCGCGCCAGCGAUCCAGCCCUACCCGCUCAAGCUGGACAUCAUCGACAUGGCCGCCAUCAGCAGAAUGACGCCGCAGCAGCUGGAGUCUCUCGCUGAGGGGCUGGCUGCGGCAGAAAUCAUGAGAACAAAGCGGUCGUCAGCGCAAGCCCUCACUUCUGUGAUGUCCAAGGCAUCCUCUGGACUCCAGAGCAAGGUGGGCCUGCUGGGCCAGGCGUCAGCAGGCGCCGCUACCCUCAUCGCGUCCGCUUCGAGCAAAUCAGGGGGGCAUUCCGAACACCCUGGUUAUUCAUAUGAACCACACGACGAAAAAUACGACUACUGGGGUCUAAAGAAGUCGAUUCUUUACACCCUGUUUCAAGCCGUGAAGGCAAUCACCGGAGGAGUGACCAUCCUCAAGGGCCAGCUCAUCAAAGGAGGAGGAGCGCUGGCCUCCACAUUAGGGAAGGUGAUCGCAGUGAAAGGAGACGCUGUCAGCAAUCUAGGAAAGAAGAUCGUUAGCUCAGCCGCUUUAAGUUCUAAGAAACCUAUUUCGACCCCAGUAUAUGGCCCGCCGCCAUCCCACGUGGAGUACGGUCCUCCACCGAGCGCGUACGGCGCGCCCACUGCGCCGGCGCACUACUCGCAUACGGCGCCGUCUGCGCCCACCGGGUAUGGACACAAGUAUCCCGCGCAUUUGGACGGACGAAAUAAACUGAGCGGGGUGCACGCCGGAGUGGUCAUUCUGACACCGCUGGGGGACGCCGCGCCCAGCGAGGCGCAUGAGGCUGCCAGCGAGCCCGCGGCACACACGCCCCUCGACCCUCCCCCCUCCAUCCUCCACACAGUCUACAGCGCAAUCAAAAAUGCCUUCUCAUCAGCCGCACCAGAUUACGCAGAAGAACCAAUCCUCACCCACCAGCCUCCACCCCCACCACAACCAAUACCACCCUUCAAACCCAUGACAUGGGACGCCGUCAACUCCUACGGCGAACCUGCCAUGACUGACGCCUAUCCAGACUACGACCCCCGCCAUCCACACCCUCAAUUCAACUACGCUUCAGCCAAGCAAUCUGUCGUCCCCCAUAUACACAAACACCACACAGGGUUGACCCCUGAUAAGAUCCAAAAAAUAAACCACAACUUGAAAAAACUGGCCGCAUACAUGAAUCAAAACCAAAGGUCUUCAGAGGUCUUUCCUCCUACUUUUGUGGGCCUGGGGAAAUAUCAGGAGAUGCUAAAAAAAGGCCAGAUUCCACUUUUCCCUACUCCCGUAGUCAGUGACAAUGAAAUAGGGGUCCUUCCCGCCGAAUUCCUCCCCGAUCCCGAUCCCAUCUCGACUGUAACGACCAAAGGCACUACGACCACUUCAACUACUACAGAAAAACCAAAGACAACAAUAACCACACAAGGAACCACUACGCCAAAGCCCGAAGGCGAGAACAGAAGAAAAGACGUGAAGUACAUACUCCGAGGGAACAAGAUUGUCCAAGUUUGAAAAAGACUGACUAUGACUGACUGAGAGAGAUUCCUCUGCAAGGAGCAGUGUUGGGGGCAGAAGAGUUGCAGCACUACUACGGAUAGACAUCAAGACAGUAGAUUCUUUAUCAAAUAAUACUCGGUGAUAUUUAAUUUAGAAUUGUAGAUAGACCGUGUAGUGUGACUUCUGUCUAAACACUAGUACUACGUCUUAAACUAAACUAUGUUAUUUGCACAUUGUACAUUAUUUUUAUUUUUAUACGUGCGAACCAAAAACCAUUUAAUUUUAUGUAAUUUUUAAAUUGUACUAUAGGUGUUUCGAAGUUACCCAGUGGAUGAAAGUUCUUGUUAUUUUCAAUAUUUAUAUUUGUGUUU